AUGCUGGAGAGGCUUGGUCAAUAUGCGGAAAAGCUCUGCUUCCCUCAUCAGCAAGCGCGUGACAAGGUAUUCGAUGCACCUUCCCGAAAGCUUGAUGGCACUGGCGAGAUGCAAAUAUUUGUUGAAAUUCAGGAGAUUUUUGGGCGCGAUGUACAAGCUGUAGUUGAGGAAAUGGUCGUUGUGGUUCUCACUGAAGUGGCCAGAUCAGGCAUUCCGCCGGGGGGAACAACCCCUUUGGCGAUCGUCCUUGAGAAGCCACACGACGUGCCUUGCGCAGGCCGUGUUUUGAUUAAGCCGAACGCUAGGAAAGCUCUUCUUCAAAAUGAGAUGAGUAGUAAUAUUGCCAGAAUCAUACCGGAGUCAUCUGCGGCCUGCUUUAUUGGGUGUCGAGCUCAGUGCUCUGAGGUUCGAGGGGGUUGGCAUAUCAUGCUAAAGGCUCCAAAAAACUUGGAUCUCGCGCUGGGAGAAUUUUGGUGGCUGCAUCAGACUGCUAUUCCAACGAUUCAAAGGCAGAUGCUGUUCGUUGUCGUCAGCUUGUCGGAUGCGAUGACAAUGAGCUGUUCCGUACACCUCGGUUUUGAACUUCUGUGA